GUGUGACAUCAUAAUCAAGAUGCUGAGGUCACAAGCAUCAUUCCGGGUUUUGCAACAAAUGUUUACUUUAAAUCGGACUUCCUCAGUUUUAACACGAAACCUCGCACGAAAUCCAAUAAAGACGUUAUGUGGUUCAAACACACCACGGAGACAUUAUGCAAGUACUUCACUUACGAACCAACAAGCAACUGCCGCGGCUGCCAAAGCAGAACCGUUUUUGAGCGGUAGUAACACUCUGUAUAUUGAAGAAAUGUAUGAAAGUUGGUUAGAAGAUCCCAAAAGCGUGCAUAAGUCAUGGGAUGCUUACUUUAAAAACGUCUCUGCUGGUGCUGUACCCGGCCAAGCGUACCAAUCCCCUCCUGAUAUUGGGUCCUCACCCAUGUCGGCCCCACAAGCUGGGGGAAUCCCCAUUGAUGGGGCACAAAUCAAAGAAGUGGUCGACAAACAUCUUUCGGUGCAAUCUUUGAUCCGUGGAUAUCAGAUACGCGGGCAUUCGGUUGCCAUGUUGGAUCCUCUAGGUAUUUUGGAUGCCGACCUUGAUUCUACCACACCUCCUGAGUUGAUGUUAAACAGUUAUAGUUUGGGUGAAGCGGAAAUGAACAAUAUUUACCAACUACCACAAACCACUAUGAUAGGAGGGGGGGAAACAACAUUGCCCCUGCAUGAAAUCAUUAAGCGUCUUGAGAAUUCCUACUGUCGCAGUAUUGGUGUUGAAUACAUGUUUAUUAACAACUAUGAGCAAUGUAAUUGGAUUCGGCAGCAGUUUGAACCUCCUGGUAUAACUAAACUAACUGACAAUGAAAAGCGAUUGGCCUGGGAAAGAUUGCUACGUUCUACAAAAUUUGAAGAUUUCCUCGCUAAGAAAUGGACGAGUGAGAAAAGGUUUGGGUUGGAAGGAUGCGAGAUGUUGAUCCCGGGGUUGAAGACGAUCAUCGAUUGCGCAUCCGAGAAGGGAGUUGACUCGUUUGUGAUGGGGAUGCCGCAUCGAGGUCGUUUAAAUGUCCUUGCAAAUGUUAUUCGUAAAGAUUUGGACCAGAUUUUCUGCCAGUUUGACAGUAACUUGAGAAAAGGUGAUGAAGGGUCAGGUGACGUGAAAUAUCACCUUGGUAUGUCGCAUCAGAGGAUCAACCAUGUUACAAACAAACUCAUCAACUUAUCACUGUGUGCUAAUCCGUCUCAUCUUGAAGCUGUGGACCCAGUCGUUCAAGGUAAAACCAAGGCUGAACAGUUUUACUUAAACGACAACGAAGGGGACAAAGUAAUGUCCAUACUUUUGCAUGGAGAUGCCGCAUUCUCUGGACAGGGCGUGGUUUACGAGACUUUCCACUUUCCUCAGAUGGAUGAACCAAUGUUCACACAACCCCUCAUGUACCAAAAGAUUCGAAAUCAUCCAAAUGUUUUCAAAAUCUACACGGAUAAAUUGAAAUCUGAAGGAUUGGUGGAACAAGCAGAUAUCGAUAACAAAGUGAACGAAUACGAUCAAAUUUGUGAGAAUUCUUUGGAAGCCUCGAAAAAAAUUGACGAAUUAAAUUUUCGUCACUGGCUUGAUUCUCCAUGGAAGGGAUUCUUUCAAGAUGUUUACGGCAACGUUGAGUUAAAGGUGGCGGACACAGGGGUGCCUGAAGAAGUUAUUCAACACAUUGGAAAGACUUUUUCUCAAAAUGCCGACCUCACUAUACAUGGUGGUCUCCGACGAGUCAUGAAGGCUCGUAAUGAGAUGGUAAACGACCGAGUCAUUGACUGGGCGUUAGGCGAAGCUCUGGCGAUCGGUUCUUUACUUAAAGACGGCACGCACGUUCGGCUCAGUGGGCAAGAUGUGGAACGCGGAACUUUCAGUCAUAGACACCACAAACUUCAUGAUCAAAAGGAAGACAAGAAGGUAUAUGUCCCACUUAAUGAUCUCUACCCCAACCAAGCCACAUACACUGUGUGUAAUAGUUCCUUAUCUGAAUAUGGGGUGCUGGGUUUUGAGCUUGGCUAUUCCAUGACCAAUCCUAACUCCCUGGUUUUAUGGGAAGCCCAGUUUGGAGAUUUCAACAAUACAGCUCAAUGCAUUAUUGAUCAAUUUAUAUCAAGUGGGCAAGCUAAGUGGAUCAGAAUGAGUGGUUUAGUGUUGUUGCUUCCACAUGGAUAUGAAGGAAUGGGCCCAGAGCAUUCGUCCGCACGCCCGGAGCGUUUCCUCCAGAUGCAAAACGACGACCCCGAUCAUUUCCCAGAAAGCAUUGUGGGUGAUUUUGUGGUCCGUCAGUUGCAAGACGCAAACUGGAUCAUUGCAAACUGCACGACACCAGCUAAUCUUUUCCAUAUCUUGAGAAGACAGACCGCACUACCAUUUAGGAAACCGUUGAUCAUUUUCACUCCGAAGUCUCUCUUACGCCACCCACUGGCACGAUCAUCUUUCAACGAGAUGCUCCCUGGAACAGAGUUUCAGAGGAUUAUUCCCGACAACGGACCAGCGUCAGAAAACCCCGAGAAAUGUCGACGAUUGAUUUUCUGCACAGGGAAAGUUUAUUACGAUAUUUUGAAAGAGAGAAGCGAUCGUGGAUUGGUUGAUGACGUCGCUAUCACUCGUAUUGAGCAGAUUGCCCCUUUCCCAUUUGAUCUGGUACAAGCUGAAAUGAAUAAAUACCCCAAUGCUGGUAUACACUGGCUGCAAGAAGAACAUAAGAACAUGGGUUUCUACGAUUAUUGUAAACCACGUAUGCGCACUGCAUGUGGGUGGACACGGCGUAUUCAUUAUACUGGUAGAAAACCGGAGGCAGCUCCAGCAGCUGGUUCUAAAGCCGAACAUUUGAAACAACAGAAAGCCCUGUACGAUGACGCGUUUAGGAAACUUUAAUUACCAAACACCAAAAGCUGUAAACUUUAUAAAAUAUCUGUUCUUUCAAUAUAGUUAAUACCUUGUGCAUGUCAAUAUGAUUUGUAGUGAUAUUUGAUAUACCCCUGCCUUAAAAUUCAGUCGUUUUUGUUUUGCACUCGCAAACGUGGUGUUUGUUGUAAGUUUUCAAUUCUACAUUUUGGAAACUUUUCUCUCUACCCUACUUGAAUGUUUCAAAUGUUUUGUUUAUAAAUUAUGAUACAAGCAUAUAAUAAACAUUAAUUUUUCGUUA